AGGUGUACAUAGGCAGGCCAUCAGCGAGUGAGUGAGUGGCAGUGGCUGCUGUGGAAACGAGAAGAAUGAAUUACAGACUGUUUGUGUGGUUCUGCCUCCUGGUGCCGCUGGUGGCGUCAUUACCUCAGGAUGAAGGCGUGCGAUCGCUGCUGCUGCGGAGGGGACGCCUUGGAACGAAAGUUUACAAACACGAAGACCAGAGUCGACCUGGUGUUCCCAUGGCGGAUGCCAUAGAAGCAAAAUCCGAAGAGACCAAGUCCACCGAUGAAGCUUCCACGACAACCAGCACUGUAGCUCCUGUCCUUAAGAAAGGUGUCCAUCCUCUGCUAGGUCGCAAAAAGUUUGCGUUUUCUCCAAAAGAAGCCAAGACCAAGGCCACUGAAGAAGCUGGAACUCCUAGCACAACAAAGAGAACCACAACCACCACUGAAUCUAGCGACAGUUCCUCUCCAUCUUCAAUAGCCACUCGACGAACUCGUCCAACUCGUCUAUCUCCGGUAGCUCGGGCUACCCCCAGUAAGGCAGCUCUUCCUCCCCGUACUCCAAGAACUUCAACCAAGCGGACAACCACCGCUGCUCCGGAAGAAACCACCUCGGUAACCUCUCGUACAACCAGACGCCGCGGUGGACGUCCUACUCGUCCAUCUGGGUCCCAGUUCCUAGCAUCCAAGACUUCCACCAUGACCUCCACUACCACCACAAGUACGACCACCACUGCUGCCCCCACCACGACAACCACCACCACCACCACCACGACCACUGCCGCUCCACCAAGCAGCAGUUCGACGACAACAACUUCAACAACCGCCUCCACCAUAGCAGCGGAAGCCAAGGCACCAACGGUUGCUUCUUCCCCGGAAGACGCAUCACCGUCCUCUGGAACAUCGGCAUCGGAACUGACGAUACCGGCACCGGCUUCGACGGCUGCAGCUCCCACCGCCAUUAGCAGCAAUACGAUUCCACUGACAGCCGAAGCCACCGUCGCUAGCGAAGUCGUUGUCAAAAAUGUGCCUCAACCGGUCGAACCGGCUCCGGUGGUAGAACCACAGCUGGACGAUGACGUGGCAUCUGCCCAAUCGCUAGCUUAAAUUUCUCUCUCUCCUAGGAUGUUGUAAGGAAAUCGUGUGUGUCAUUAGAAUGUUGGAUGAUUAGUGAAGUAUGAAGACGCGUCCAAGGCAAUGGAGGAAGUAAUUCAGGUGUCAACCAGGGUUGUUAAUCUAUAACCGUCGAUAACGUCUGCAAUGGGGACUUUGCAUUGUAGACGUUAUCGAGGGUUAUCCAUUUACAGCCCUGGUGUAGGAUUUGAAGUAGCUUUGAGGUUGUUGAAAACUUCGGUGACACUUGUUGUACUUUUCCUGCCUUUGACAAUUGAGUGAAGAUGCGUUGCGUGUGAUUAUUUUUAAUCACGUCUGAAUAAAACUAUUUUGGAAAUAUGUUAAUACUUAAAA